UUUCCAGCUUCAUUACUUCAACAAUUUAACUUGCUUAACAUUUUUUAACUUUGAUGUAAAACGGUUAAAAUGUGUUUGGUUUUCCUUUUAGGGAUUUAACUAGUAAAAAAAAGCGAAUUACCUCCAUGUGCGGAGCUAGCGCGAUCUGGUACUGUCCGUUACUGUAGCAUCAACAGCGAGGUUUAUUCAAACAUCCUACAAGUCAGAAGCGUCAGUCGGUUAACCAGAAUGGGAAUACCCUGUUCCCCUUAGCCAAGUCUGCAGCCACGAUGUCAAAACGGCCAUCCUACGCCCCUCCCCCUCCCCCUGCCCCAACAACACAAAUGCCUUCCACCCCUGGGUUUGUGGGCUACAACCCUUACAGCCAUCUGGCCUACAACAACCUCCGGCUGGGAGGGAGCUCCGGAGGCUCCAGCAGGAACUCCUCAGGCAUCACCGUCCCAAAGCCUCCCAAACCUCCAGACAAGCCACUGAUGCCUUACAUGCGGUACAGCCGGAAGGUAAGCAGGAAGGUAUGGGACCAAGUGAAGGCAUCCAACCCAGACCUGAAGCUGUGGGAGAUCGGAAAGAUUAUCGGAGGGAUGUGGAGGGACCUGACAGAUGAAGAGAAACAGGACUACCUGAAUGAGUACGAAGCUGAGAAGAUUGAGUAUAAUGACUCUUUGAAGGCCUACCACAACUCCCCGGCCUACCUGGCCUACAUCAAUGCUAAGAACCGGGCUGAGGCGGCAAUGGAGGAGGAGAGCAGGCAGAGGCAGAGUCGUAUGGACAAAGGCGAGCCAUAUAUGAGCAUUCAGCCUGCUGAAGACCCUGAUGAUUAUGACGAUGGUUUUUCAGUGAAGCACACAGCAGCUGCCCGCUUUCAGAGGAACCACCGGCUCAUCAGCGACAUCCUCAGUGAGAUUGUGGUGCCUGAUGUUCGCUCGGUGGUCACCACAGCCCGCAUGCAGGUCCUUAAGAGGCAGGUCCAGUCUCUUAUGGUGCACCAGAGGAAGCUGGAGGCAGAACUUCUGCAGAUCGAGGAUCGCCACCAAGAUAAGAAAAGACGCUUCCUGGAGACAACUGACUCAUUCAACACUGAACUCAAGCGGCUGUGCAGUCAGAAGGUUGAGGUGGAUAUGGAGAAGCUUGCAGCAGAGAUGGCUGCCGCUGAAGAGGCGGCCCGGCGCCGGGCGGAGGAGAGAGAGCGUGAGGCAGCCGAGCAGGCAGAGAAAGCAGCUCAGCAGGCUCAACAACAGCAGCAGGAGGCUGCUGGAAGCAAAGCUGCAGAGCAGAGCAGUGCUAAUGCCAAAAGCACAGCUAACCCCACUUCAGGGACCAAGGAGGAGGACAUGACCCAACCAAUGGCAACAGAUAAAGCAGCGCCGGCAGAGCCCUCCUCAGACCCCCCUCCUGCCCCACCUCCUCCAUCAGAUCCUCCCUCUAGUGCCUCUGAUAAAGCAAGUCCUCCCCCUGAGCCUCCCAGGGAGAGCAGCACUCCUAGCAGCAGCACCCCCAGUGACGACAGCAGCAGCAGCAACAACAGCAUGCCCCCUCCACCCUCAGACAGCACCCCCGGAGUAGUAGCCCCAGAUCCCCCAGUGGCCCAGGAAACCAAUUCCAGUGCAGCCAACCCUAACGUGUCCGCAGCACCUCCGCCUCCCCCUGCCUCAGAAGAACCAGCUCCUCCUCCACCAACACUACUACCCCCCAGCCAAAGCAGCCAACAGUAUGAUAUGUAAUUGUCAGCGUGUUAGAUACACAGUGGUAGCUGUAGAAGUCCUCCCUGAGCAGCAGCUCUGGAAGAAGUGGGAUUUGUAUGGCGGCUUUUAUCAUUACAGAUGUUGAGAAUGGGAAGUGCUGAAUGGUUGAGGGUCUGUCAUCAAGGUCAACAAAUAGGUAACAUGUAUUCCAUUGAGCUACGUAGGGUUUUCAUCGUCCCGCUUCAUGCAUCUGGACCAAACAAGGGGAAAUUAGAAUUUCACUUAAAUCUGCGUAUGUUUCCUUUAAAUCUAUUCAGCAACGAUGUGUGAAAUGUCACAAGUGAGUGCAAGAGUUGACCCAACUGAGUUUGUGCUCCAGGCAUGGUACAAGCCAUUCUCCUUUCUAAUCAUGCCACUGGAUGGUUUUUUAAGUCUAAAAUAACCAGAUACAGAUUGAAAACAGGACACUAGGGGGCUGUUGAACUGCAGAUGGUCAGCAAUAACAUCAUGGUCAGGUAUCUCACUGAACACCUUUACAUCACUGUUACUCACCUGCUCCUGCUUAUUGUCUGUUACCUCAGAUAGACAGUAUUUCCAGUUGGCAGGGUCCACCAUCACAGCAUUAGUAGUAAUGCUGACCUUUACCCAGAUGAAAUUGUCAAAGGUCAAAACAAAUCUGCAUAGCGCUGCAACUACCCAUUAUUUUCAUUAGCAAUUAAUGUGGCAGCUAUUUUCUCGAACUAUAAGAUGCUUGAUUUCAAACGACCCAGGGUCCAAGGUGACAUCUUUCCUCUCAGUACACCGUUGAAUGUGCCAAAGGUUGGAUGAGCUUUCCUACGGAAGCCCAGCAGUCAUGUUAAAUUGUGUUCUGACCUAUCACAGGGCCCCAUACUAGGCAUUGGGUUGUGCUGUCAUAAAUCUGCUGGAAAAACCAUUCUCUUGAAACUGGUUUGCAGUACCUUUUAAACUGACCCAGCGUACUUGUAACACCUGACCUCACUCAAGCAAAGAGUAAACACUUGGUGGCUGAUAUCUACAUUGUGUCUGUGAAAUGCUAAAAAUGUCUUGUUUUCGACCAACAGCCCAAAACCCAAAGAUAUUUGGUUUACAAUAGAAAAAGCAGAACAUUUUCCCAUCUGAGAGGCUGGAGGUUAGAGCACGUUCUUGCUUGUGAAAGUGAUUGAAAUGAUUAAUCGAUUAUGGGAAUAGCUGCCCGUUAGUUUUCUCUUGAUGGAUAAAUCGUCUGAUCUCUUCAGCUUUAUUCUAUAUCUCCGCACUACUGUGAGAAGGGGACUCAUGUCAAGUAGCAGUGUGUACGUUGUUCUAUAGUACCAACUUGCCCAGGACACAUUAAAGACAUCAGGAUGAAGAGACUUCCGGAGUUAGUUGCCUGUAUGGAGAAGGCGUGGCUGUUUUUAGUAUACAUACAUAACUCCCACUGUGUACACUUAAUACUGUUGGAUGUGGCUGAAAUGUUUGAGUACACAUACCUGUAUGUUCCUCGGCACUGGUGUAUACACCUUGAAAUCAGCCCUUGUACUUGUCUGAAAUGAGAGCACAGCUGCGAACUCCAGGGGGCGUCUGACCUCUGAAAGCUGGGCAGAAUUUCUUAUGAUAAAGGGUAACGUUGCAUGAAAGGACCCCUCCACACCCUCCCGACUUCCUUUUAAAUCCUUUGAAUUUUCUACUUUAUCAUUUUGUUUGACUUGCAAAAAAACUACUGUUAGUUCUACUUUGUUUUUAGAGAUGUAGUGGAACAUUUUAGACAAAUAUAAUUCAAUUCAGCCUUCGUCAUAAACCUGUACUCUGAAUCAGAUGCCAUUUGGCUGGGGAUGAUGCAUCUUGUCGUUGUGGUAGAGACAGUUUCCAGGUCUGGAGAAAGCCCCAUUUUAAUUAUUUGUACACCCAUACUCUGCAUGCUAUACUAAAUAAUACCCAUUCUCCUGUAAGCAUUUGAACAAAGAGUUGAGGCCAAUGAAAACUGUUAAUUGAAAUAUACAUAUAGGACAGGACCCACGAUGUGCACAAGAAACGAAAAAAUGACCUGCAUUGAGUAUAAAAAGUAGACAUGGAUGUUUGUUCCCUGUAUUCAUCACAUUUAUAUAGACAGAAGUGAAACAGACUCAAUUAGCAUUUAACCUGUAAGCACAUCUCAACAAGAUGAGGGUAUUUUUUAUUUUUUUAAAAGAUUGCAUUGCUCCUUUAGACUGCACAGUCCUGUUAAAACCACAAGCGUUCAGCCACUUCAGCAGAGAAAUGCACAGGCUACCCUCAUCCAAAUGUAACCUCGGUCACUUAUGCAUUUAAAGGACUAUUUUCUUACUUGAAUUGGACUGUUUUUAGUAAUAUGCCUGUUUUUUGCAUUUUUUUUUUGUACUGUCUUACCUAUCCAAAUAAAGGGGAUU